AUGGCGCGCUGGCUGUCGGCGGAAUUCGCAGUGUGGUACUUGGUCAUCGCCUGGGCCUUCUUGGUGAAGCUGCCUCUGGCAGCUGCGGAGCUGGCUGCCAUCUGUGCGGAGGACACCAGGUGCAGCUUCUUUCUUCACAAGACUCGGCUUUGGCCGCAGCAGCAGAUUGACCUCUCAGACAUUCAGUGGCAGGAGUCUUACUGGCUGUUGGAGCUUCGCCAGAUAUGGGACUUUCCCGCAUGUCUGCUUGCAGGCGGCAAAGAGCUGUUGCAAGUCUGUAUCCGUGACCAGCUCCUGCCCCAGGGUGUGGCCUUGCUUGAUGCUCUCCUGCAUGGUGGUCACACGCUGGUGCUUGCAACUCUUGCCUGUGGAUCCUUUGGCAUCGCCAAAGCCUGCGGUGCCUCGAGAGGCGCGCCGGUCGCUGCCUGGGCUUUCGGACUUCUGCUGCUGGCAAUCAAGGCCCUGGAGGUGCCAGUUCCUGUCCUGGAUCCGUGGCUGCGUGGCCUUCCGACCGCCUACGACUGGCAUCAGUCCCUGCACCUCCUUAGCCUCAAGCUCAUCUCUUUCAACAUGGAUUACUUCUGGGCCCUGCAGGACCGCCAGGAGCUGGAGCCAACUCAGGAUCCUGAAGCCCAGAGCCAGGGCCACGUGCUCUCAGAGCUGCAGAAGAGGGAGAAGUCCCGGCCCCUGCACGAGUACAGCAUCUUCAACCUGAUGACUUACUUCCUCUAUUCACCCCUUUGGCUGGCUGGGCCAACGACCACCUUCAAUUCCUUCAUGUCGCAUCUUCACGACAGGCCGCAACAGGCGAUGAGUGCCUGGCAGCUGCUGUUGUAUGCUCUUCGGCUCGCGCUUUGCCUGGGCCUGCUGGAAGCACUGUUGUGCUGCACCCCUGUUUGGGCCAUCGGCCGCUCCUCCACGUACCUGCAGCUGCAUGGGCGUGCUGAUCUCCUUGUGUUUCUGUGCAUCUGGCGCUUUGCACGUCUCUGGGCCCUUUGUGAUGGCAUCGACGUCCCGGAGAAUAUGCGGAGAUGUCAGAUUCGGAACAGUGCUCGCAUCCCUCGAAAGCCCCAAAGCAUCGGGGGUGGGCGGGGGAAGGGGGGUGGGGUGCAGAACGGCCAGAAAACCUUGCACAUCCCCCAUGUCCUGGAGAAGAAGAAAGUCAUGGACUCGAUGAUCUGCAACAACUACUCCCUCUCGGGCUUUUGGCGUGGAUGGCAUUCCAGCUUCAACCUCUGGCUUGUUCGCUACUUGUACAUUCCGCUGGGCGGUCGCAGGUGGCUUUGGGCCAAUGUCUGGGUUGUCUUUGGCUUCGUUGCACUCUGGCAUGAUCUGGAAGCGAAGCUCUUCGCCUGGGGCUUCCUCAACGCGGCCUUCAUGGUCCUCGAGCACUUGGCUUCCGUCGUCUGGCGAAGCAAGGCAGCUGCCUUGCCAGCAGAGGCUUCGAGGUGGUUCAGAGCAGCUGCAGGAGCACUCUACAUCUACGUACUCUUCUUCGUGAAUCUCGUGGGCUAUGCCUUGGGCAUCAGUGGAACUCUUGGGCUUCUGCAUCUUGCCUUUGGCGAUGCCCCAUCCACGGCACUCCCUCUGCUGAUGUGCACGGGCUUGCUGGCGCUCUCAAUGGUGCAGGUGAUGCUUGAGCUGCGGGAGUCCGGCUUCAGCAGACUCGGAAAGGACGCAAAGUGCAGCGCUCCUUGGCACUCAAGGCACAAGAAGGGAGGAUAUGGCGGCUAUGGCUGUGACAGCCAUGUCGGAGAGAAGGGCCGUGUCGAAGCUGCAAUCCAAGACGAAAUCGAAGAUCCCCGAAAUGUCAUCGGCAUUGGCGUCAAGAGUCGCUUCGCCGGGCUCGUGGCCUUACCUUUGGAGGCCAUCGCAUGCUGGAUGAGCCAAUCCUUUUGCAAAUCUGAUUCUGUAUUUUAA